AUGGCCUCCGAGCAGGUUCUCUCCGAACCGUUGCCGCCACCGCCGUCACCUCCGCGGGUCCCCGUGCCCGAGCCGGCGGUGAUGAAACUGACGCGUGGCCAUUCCUGCGUUCUUUGCCAGCAACGAAAAGUGCGCUGCGAUAAGCAAAAGCCAUGUGCCAAUUGCGUCAAGGCCCAGGUCGAAUGCCGCGUCGUACCUCCUCAACCGCCCCGGCGCCGGAAGAAGAAGCCGCACGAGCGGGACCUCAUCGACCGCCUGCGCAAAUAUGAGUCGCUGCUCUCCCAGGCCGGCGUCAACUUUGAGCCCAUCGCCCACGAUCUGAAGCCGUUAGACAACGGUGACGAUGUCGCCGACCUGGAACAGGAUCUUAGCGGGCUCAAGACGUCCCCAUCAAGUAACGCGGACCACGUCUCGCCCGACCACAGCCAUGAAAAACAAAAAUGGGCUGCGCUUCGGCAUGAGUACCGAGGCGAUGAUGAUGAAUCCUCAGACGAAGAAUACGAAGGCCCAACAAUACACAACGCCUAUGAUACCAUGUUCGGCAACAGCGACGGUUUCCCCUUCGUAGUCGGCGGCGCCCCUGCCAGCGUGACCACCGCCCACCCUGCUGGUAUCCAGAUGUUCCAGUUAUGGCAGAUCUACAUCAACAACGUCGACCCUUUACUCAAAAUCACACACACGCCCACGCUACAAUCCCAGAUCAUCAGUGCGAGUGCGAACCCGGCCAAGAUCUCCAAACCUCUCGAAGCACUCAUCUUUGCCAUUUAUUUCGCCGCUAUCACGUCUCUUACCGAAGAGGAGGUCCAAAGCACGUUCGACGAAGACCGAGCAAUUCUGCUCGGACGGUACCACAAUGCUACACAGCAAGCACUUAUUAACGCGGGCUUCAUGCGGUCGCCAGAACUGGAGGUGCUGCAGGCAUUCUUCCUCUACUUGCUGUGCGCCCGCCCCUUCGUGGACCCCCGCUCUAUGUUCUGCCUCCUUGGCUUGGCGUUUAGGAGCGCUACUCGGUUAGGUAUACAUCGGGAUGGCUCUUCUCAACCCAACGUGUCGCCGUUUGAGGCAGAGCAGCGGAGACGGCUGUGGUGGAAUAUCGUCGUCUUCGAUAAGCGAAUCGCCGAGAUCACCGGUUCCACGGUCACCGCGUUAUCCUCGUGUCCCAGCGACACAAGGUUGCCGCUCAACAUCAACGACACGGACUUAAAUGUUCACGCCGCGCAGCCAGGCCCCUACGCCGGACCGACCGAGAUGGUGUUUUGUCUCACCCGUAUCGAACUCACCGUGGCUGCGUCCCCUGACAGUGUUCGCCGGACCGUUACCACGCCCGGAGGACGGCCGUUACACAAACCGAUGGUGCAUUACAGCCCAUCCCCGUCGUCACCCGAUCUUGUGUCACACGUGGCGAACCAGAGUCUGCCGGAGAACCUUGCGAAUUUCUGCGCAUAUGUGGAGAACGUGUACCUGAAGCAAUGCGACCCGAAGAUCCCGCUACACUACUUCACGCUGCUCAUGACUCGACAAGCGCUGUGCAAGCUGCGCAUCAUCGACUUUCUCUGCCGAACCGCCAACACCGAAAACGUGGACCAAAACGAGCGCGACAGUUACUUUAUGGAAGCUCUCCGUAUGGUCGAGUAUGAUAACAUCAUCCAGAGCUCUGACAUACUCCAGGGUUUCCGAUGGUACACGUACGCUCAUUUCCCCUUGCCAGCGUAUCUCUGUCUGGUCUCGGAACUUCGGCACCGAACGACGGGUGAACUAUGUGAACGGGCUUGGGAUGUGAUGAUCGAGAACCAUGACCGGCGUGGUCUGUUACGCCGUCUCAAUAAGAACCCCCUACACAUUGCCUUCGGUCACUACUUCGUCAAAGCCUGGGACGCCCGCGAGGCUGCCGAGCUCCAGCUGGGCCGGUCACUCCCGACACCCAAGGUCGUCACACUACUACGAACCACUCUGGCCGCUAGAACUAGGCGCCCAACCACCAUGUCUUCCGGCCCCGGAAAUGCCGGCAUGAUCCCACCACACAGCCAACAACUCUCCGCCCAGCAACCACUGCCACCCGCACCUGCCAACAACAACAACCCCGGCGGGGUACCACCACCUUCCGACCUCGCGAUGGGCCCUCAUCCUCCCGACCUGACACCCCCAAACAUGUACGCCAGCGGCAACAAACAACACAUCCCCCAACCGUCCGUCUCCAACGCUGCGGCUCCAGGCGGCACAAUGAUGAUCGACGAUGCCAUUAUGUACCAGGGUUACGACGCCAUGGGGAACCCAAUGUACGGCGCCGGUGCCGGUAGUGCCGGCGGCCCGGCUACCAGCCAUCCCCACGCACACACCCAGCAUCCCCAACAUGCUGCCCACCAAAUGCAUCACGGUACAGCGGGUGCGGCGAACGCGCCGAUGCAAGAUACCGAACUUGGAGGCAUGGACUGGGAUUAUCUUGUGCAGCUGAGCUCGUUGAGUGGAUUCAACCCCACUGGCGGGUAUUACGUCCAGGGAACAGGAGCAUGA